AUGCCAAAGGCCCGCGCAAUCGGCGGCAGGACCCGGCUGGUGCCGGUCCCCAAGGCUCGCCGGGCCGCUUCCGGCCCGCGGGCCCGCAGGAGGCCCCACGAGUCUUGGCACCUUGGGCGCCUGGCCAAGCCACCUGCAAACCUGGAGAUGGCACAGCUGGAGCCUGGGACUGCAGCCCCAGAAAGGAUCAUCUUUGCCUUGACUCAAACCAGGGCUGCCGAAAUCUACAUCUGUCUUAUGCUGAAGCCCCUGGUCGAGAAGCGUCGGCGGGACCGGAUCAACCAGAGCCUGGAGGAACUGCGCCUGCUUCUCCUCCAAAGGACCCACUGCCAGACUCUGAAGAAACCGAAAGUGGAGAAAGCCGAAAUCCUGGAGAUGGCCGUGAGAUACCUGCGAGAGAUGACCAAUGUCACUCCGCCAGGUGCUGACCUCUCGGAAAACCGGACCCUGCAGACCUGCUACAUGAUGGGAUUUAGGGAGUGCCUCCUGGGCUUGGCGGCCUUCAUCCAACAAGCCCACCCUUCGGCCCAAAGCCGCCUCCUGGAUACUUUGCACCUGUACCUGGAAGCCCACCCUCAAGACUGGAGCUAUGCCGCCUUCUCCCCGAGUCCUUCUUCCUUGGAGGGUUCGCCUCCAAGGACUCCUGAGGCCUUCAGCUCGCCCGUGAAGACGUUGGAUGAGCCAUUGCGGCCGAAUCCGGACCCCACUUGUUCCGGCACAGGACCCCUCGAGAGCCGACGCAGAGAUGCCCAUGAAGGCACCAGCAGCCCUACCAAGAGGAUGGUUGCUCCACCGCCGGCCUUCUGGCGCCCUUGGCCCUGA